AAUCUUAUUUCAGAACUGAAAAUUGUGAUGUCGAUUGUGUACAUGGCAAAUUUGUAAUUUGUAAGAUUUUUGUGUAAAACAUGAAGUGAAAAACUAAUUAGAAUUUACAAUCAAAACAUGGCAUUUGUCAGUGCUGUUACCGGCGAUGACUCCACGAAAAAAUUCAUGGAUGUCUUACAAAAUGACUUUAAAACUCUUAGCUUAGAAACCAAGAAAAAACAUCCACAGAUAAGAGAGGCGUGUGAUGAGGCUAUAGAAAAAUUAGCACUUGCAUCAAAUAAUCCACAAGCCUCUUUAUAUGGGGUGGUGAAUCAAAUAUUAUAUCCUUUGGUGCAAGGAUGUGAAUCAAAGGAUGUGAAAAUUAUAAAGUUCUGCCUUGGCACAAUCCAACGUCUAAUAGCACAACAGGGGAUUGAUGCGAAGGGUGCUCGUCAUGUAGUUGAUUGCCUCUACAAUCUUGGACAGGCGGCUAUGCUGGAGUUAAAACUUCUGCAGACAGCAGCCUUAUUAAUGACAACAUCUGAUCUGGUUCAUGGUGACACAUUAGCUAGGACAAUGGUGAUGUGUAUACGGAUGGUGUCACCUAGUGAGACCCGAGAUGUGAGUACCAGUCACGCAGCCGCAGCCACCGUACGGCAGCUCGUGGCUCUCGUGUUUGAGCGGGCCUUGGCAGAGGCCAAUGGUACCCUAAAAGUGAAUCCUGCUGAUGUCAGAAUGCAAGCGAAUAACAAAGCACCGAAGGACCUUAAACCGUGUGCAGUGGAUGCGUAUCUUAUAUUACAAGAUAUUAUUCAGCUAAUAAAUGGAGACUCAGCGCACUGGCUUGUCGGUAUAUCGGAUGUACCAAAGACGUUUGGAUUGGAGCUGUUAGAUACAGUUUUAACUGAUUUUUCAGAUGUAUUUUUUAAGAUCUCCGAGUUCCGGUUUCUGUUGAAGGAACACGUGUGCGCAUUGAUCAUAAGGCUGUUUUCACCCAAUGUCAAAUAUAGGGCGGCGUUCCCGUCGCCGCACAUCCCGGGCGCGGCGGGCGCGGCGGCGGCGGCGGGCGCGCCCGAGCGCCCGCACUUCCCCGUCACCAUGCGCCUGCUGCGACUCGUCUCCGUCAUCGUGCACAAGUACCACGACGUGCUGGUGACGGAAUGUGAGAUUUUCCUGUCGUUGACGAUCAAGUUCCUGGAUCCGGACAAACCGCUGUGGCAGCGCGCUCUAGCGCUUGAAGUACUACAUCGGAUCACUGUCCAUCCAGAUUUACUCAAAGCGUUCUGCGAAUGUUACGACAUGAAGCCUCACGCCACGAACAUAUUCCAAGACAUCGUGAACGCGCUUGGCGCUUACGUGCAGAGCCUCUUCGUGGCCUCGCAAGUCAAUACACCAGCUGGAUCAUCAAGCAUCCCUCAACAAGCCGGCUUCUAUUGGAAAGGGGUGUGGUUACCGCUUUGCGUCACGUUUGAACCGGGUACCGCUAAGGCAGUAUAUAUAGAGAUGCUGGAUCGUACAGAGGCGCCCACGAUACAGGACGGAUACGGCAUAUCCGUGGCGUAUGCUUGCCUCGUCGAGAUUAUACGCUCGAUCGCCAUCACCUUGGAGGGAGAAGAUUACUUCAGAUUGCAAGAGCUCUAUGACGAUUCACAGAACGACGGAGAAGAUAAAGAAAUUAAUUCAAAUAAAACAACUAAUAACCACAAAGAAUCUGAAACGACAUUAGACAACGGUAAGGAAAUUACGAACAACGGACACGGAGAAGCGGAUCAAAACUCUAACGUAGUUGAGAAGAUCGAUCCAGAAGCAGAAGACAAGGAAAGACAGUUGAAGUUGCAGCUAAUAAAAUCUUCGUGGUGUGGCCUAGUAUGGGGCCUGUCUGUGCUAGCGGAGGCCAGCAUUGGUGAGCUGGAAAACAUUCUGCGUGCCAUACAGACAUUGGCGAGGGUCAGUGGGAAGGUGGGCGUGACAAACGCGCGGGACGCGUGCAUCGGCGCGCUGUGCCGCUGCGCGCUGCCGGCGCAGUACUGCGUGCCCGUGCUGGGCGCGCUGGCGGCGCUGGCGUGCCCGUGGCCCGCCGCGCGCCCCGCGCCCGCGCCCGGCGCCGACCUGCGCCACCACGUCGUGUGGGUCGGCACGCCGCUGCCGUGCGCGCAGCCCACAGGGCAGCAGCAGUCGUUCGUGAUGGUGACGUCGCGCCACGUGACGGCGAUGCGCGCGCUGCUGGCGGCGGCGCGGCGCGACGGGGACGCGCUGCAGCACGCGUGGCUGCCCGUGCUCACCACGCUGCAGCACCUGGUCUGGAUACUAGGUCUGAAGCCGUCGACGGGCGGCAGUAUGAAGGCGAGUCGGGCGAGUGCGGACGCGAACGCUGUGAUGAGCACGUCAGCUGUCAUGGCGGACUUACCUGGUCAGCAAGUUCCCGUGGCCGAGUCCCUCGGAGUCAUGAGUGCAUUAUCGGCUAUGCUGUCUCGAGUAUUUGAAGCUUCCAAGAAUUUGGACGAUGUGGCCCUCCAUCAUCUCAUCGAUGCUCUUUGUAAACUUUCCAAUGAGGCCAUGGAACUCGCUUAUUCUAAUAGAGAGCCAUCGUUGUUCGCGGUCGCUAAACUCCUCGAGACGGGCUUGGCGAAUAUGCACCGGAUAGAGAUUAUGUGGAGGCCCAUCACGAAUCAUCUCCUUGAAGUGUGCCAGCACCCUCAUAUCAGGAUGCGAGAGUGGGGCGUGGAAGCCAUCACGUACCUCGUCCAGGCCGCUUUCCAGUACCACCACAAUAACCCCGGUCUCGUCACCGAGGCGCGCGAGCGGCUGGUGCUGGAGCCGCUGGCGGAGCUGUGCGCGGUGCGGCACUGCGACGUGCGCGCGCGCCAGCUGGAGUGCGCCGCGCGCCUGCUGCACUCGCGCGGGGACCAGCUGGGCGCCGCCUGGCCGCUCAUGAUGGAGAUCAUCUCCGCCAUCAGCGACCACCACAGCGAGCAGCUCGUUCGUUCGGCGUUUCAAUGCGCGCAGCUGGUGGCCGGCGACUUGCUGGGCUGUGCGGGGCCGCGCUGCCUGCGCCGAGUCCUGGCCGCCGCGGCCGCCUUCGCCAGGCAGACCAAAGAAUUGAACAUUAGCCUGACGGCGGUGGGGCUGAUGUGGAACAUAUCCGACUACCUGUACCACAACCGCGACAAGCUGUCCGCCGCGCUGAGCAGCGAGGCGGCGGCCGCGCCCGACGCGCAGCCCGACCUGCCGCCGCUGGACCGCCUGUGGAUGUGUCUCUACAUACGCCUCAGCGAGCUGUGCACGGAGCCGCGGGCGCCCGUGCGGCGCGCGGCCAGCCAGACGCUGUUCAGCUGCAUCGGCGCGCACGGCACGCUGCUCAGCAAGCCCGCCUGGCGCGCGCUGCUGGCCGUGCUGUUCCCCAUGCUGGACCAGGUCCAGAAGCAAUCUAACAUUGCCAGCUCUGAGAAGGUGGACACUGGCGAGCACAUACUUAUCCAUCACACUAGAAACACAGCGCAGAAACAAUGGGCGGAGACGCAAGUGUUAACACUGUCAGGCGUAUCACGGGUGUUCCAUUCGCGUUUUCAACUACUGACAACAGUAGGCGACUUCAACAGAUCCUGGACCGCGUUGCUUGAUUAUAUUACUGAUUUCGCCUUGCGCAGGAGUCAUGAGGUAUCAGUAGCAGCAUUAAAAUCAUUCCAAGAAGUGGUGUCGGCUGCGGGUCGCGUUGAGGGCGAAGCUCCCCGACGAGUGUGGCCGGCCGCAUGGGCAGCCUGGACAACUAUCGCGUCAGGCCUCGGUGGACCACCACCUGCGUCAGAAGACGGGAAGCCGGUAGAGCUGUAUGCGCCGUCGCUGAACUUCCUCACCACACUAGUGCAGAUCUUUCCACUUAUCUUCCAACACAUACGACCUACAUUUACGGCAGAGGACGUGCAGAAACUCGGCGAGUGCCUGUCGAACGUGUGCAGCGUGGAGCCCUCGGCCUCCGCGCUGGACGGGCUCGGCAGCGGCGCGCCCGUCAGCCUGCACGCGCUGCACUGCCUCGACACCGUGCACAAGGAGGCGCUGUCGCGGCACGAGCUGCUGGGCGCGCUGUUCUCGGCGCUGAUCGCGCUGGCGGGCGCGGCGGAGCAGGCGGGCUCGGCGCGCUGCCUGGCCGCCGCCGCGCGCCUGUACCGCGCCGCGCCGGGGCCCAGCGCGCAGCACGCGCCGCGACUGCUGCAGGCUCUUCACGCAGCGAUAAAGAAAUGUUCCCCGGACAAGAGACGACGGAACAGCGACAGGGAGCGAGACCAACCAGACGAACCCACGCAGAUCGCCUCCUUACUAUUGCAGGUGCUAGCGACAGGAUUGCCUCUAGCGAGAGAAAACCCCGAUGAAUAUGCAGAAUUUUGGGAAAUACUACCCACCGUUUUGGAGACGUUUAUGUUUGAGCCGCCAGUUGGCGGCACGGCGCAGGCGCGCGAGGUGGUGGGCGUGGUGCGCGACGAGGUGCUGCGCGCCGCGCCCCGCGCGCCGGCCCCCGCCGCGCGCCGCCUGCUGGCGCUCGUGCGCGCCGGCUCGCUGCACCACCACAACAACGCGCACACCGCGCACCACGCGCACCAAGUCCAACAAAACGAACAGGAACUAAAAGAGAGAGAGGAGUUCGCGAGGACUUGUUUCGAAACGCUUCUGCAAUUCUCGAUGCUUGAAGACAUGGAUUCCAUAACUGCCGCUGAAAAUGAAAACGAUCCAUUAGCAAUAAUGCCAUUACUAGAUCGGUUUCAAGAAGUUAUAUCCAGGUAUAAUAAAGAAGAAGACAGCUCGGAACCGUUACCCAGACAGCAGGCGUCGGAGGUGUCGUUCGUGCUGCGCGCCGUGGCCGCGCUGGCCGCCGCCAUGCGCCGCGCGCCGCCCGCGCGCGUGGACCGCGCCGCCUGGACCAAGCUCAUCGACGUGUACCCGUCGCUGGUGCGGCUGGCGGGCGGCGCGCGCGUGUGCGGCGCGGGCGGCGCGGGCGCGGCGCUGCGCGAGGCGCUGCUGCAGUUCGGCGCGCUGCUGGCGCCGCCGCCCGCGCUCUAGCGCCGACUGCUCUACACCGCGCGCGUGUAGAGCGCGGGCACGUAUCGUGUCAAAGAUGUCCCCGUGACAACGUAGUAUGUAAUAUAUAAAGCGUUAAACAUUGUUGAUAGAUAGAUUUUGAACCUUAUCACAGAAGAUAUAAGGCAUAAAGUUGUUCAUUAUUUUCUCAUUGUAUAGACUGAACUUAUUUAUUUGACAGAUUUAUAUGAUUUGAAAUUAAUGUAAACUAUUUUAAUAACAGUGUCAUAUGUUUAAUUUAGUUAGCAAUAAAAUAUUCAUACGACUCAUAUUUAUUGAUUAUAUUUUUUAAUCGUUACUUAUAUUUGUAAAUGGAAAGUAUGGUUGUUUUUAAUUAAAUACUCUUUGAUACAACGACGGUAAAAAAUUGUACAAAACUCGUUAAAAGGAUUAUUCGAAUACAAUAAAUAAAAAAACCAAUAAUUUAGUUGAAGAAUAUUAAUAAAACACUAUUAUUUCAUUUGCAACUAAAUAUCAACAAUAAUGUUGUAGUCGCUGACAGACCAAAUCAUUAUCAACGAUCAAUUGACCAAAAAUAGUGAGUCUGGAAAUAUGAUAUGAUAUCUAAAACAUUUUUUGAGAAUAAUCGGGAUGCCCCUUUCUGUUUGUAUGAUUUUUACCCAAGUAAAGUCGGGACAGACAACUGAUGUUUCAUAAAACACUUCUACAAUAAUAUUGUUGGUCUUUGUAAAAUAAAUAAUCAGCGGAAUCACUUUUAUUAUAUAC